AUGCCUCUUGGAGCUUCUAUUACCGAAGGCGUACGGUCCAGUGACGGUAACGGAUAUCGGAGGGCCAUUCGUGAUCAGCUCCGAUUUAAGGGCUGGAAGGUCAACAUGGUUGGCUCGAAACAGAAUGGCAAGAUGGCGGACAGGGACAACGAGGGCCAUCCAGGCUGGGUCAUCUCACAAGUGCACAGCGCAUGGUCAGCUUCUGCGUGGAUGAAGCCGAAUCUCGUACUUCUGAACGUAGGAACAAACGAUUGUGUUCAAAAUAUCGACACGGGCAAUGCUGGAACUCGUGUCAAGCAGCUUAUUGACGAUAUUUUCACCUCAGUGCCUGGUGUGACCAUCAUUCUAUCCACUCUCCUUCCUGGCCGGGACUUCAAUACUUGUGCUACCUCCGUUUCGGAUCAAUACCGUGAGCUGGUUAUGAACUACUUCAACGCGGACCCUAAAGCCAGACUCCAUCUUGCCGACAUGAAUGCAUUCAUCAAGCUUAGUGAUCUUUCCGAUGACGGCAUUCAUCCACUCGACCCCGGAUAUAGGAAGAUGGCGGCAGUAUGGUGGGACGCAAUAUCCAGGAUAGAGAGCACAAUACAAGCUCCAGCCAACGACAACGGAAUUGUCGAUACUGGUUUUUCGGCAGUUCACAACUGUACAAAGGUUGCUGGCAAUGCUCGAGGACCUGUCAAGUCACAACAAGGUAGUGGUCACGACGAUGGGCUAUACACUCACCACUCUACAUCCAAGGGCAAUGUUCCUUCUGGUAAAGUAUUUUUCGGUCCAGACGACAAAAUCAACGCCGCUAUACCUGAGCAUAUGUUCUUUGCUCAGUUGGUAAACUCUGGUGGUGCGGAUCGUGCUGGAGCGCUUGACGAUUGGGUUCGUGUAGAACACAAGGCGGAUGGCACCAAUACUUACUGGCUCCGUGUGAACAAAGGUGAUGGCACUUUUGCAGAUCACGUCACCUUUGACGUGGAUAUGAACUGCGACGGUGGCCCAACAUACUGGUUUGCGGACUUCAACAAUGAUGGUUUGGACGACUUCUUCUGUUUAGGAGGUGGUUCUAGAGUGUCGGUAUCAUUGAACCGAGGGGGCAAUCCUCCAAAGUUUGAGCACAUCGGUCAAGUGGUUCCCGAGCAUGCUGGCUACACGGCCACGGACGUUCGCAUUGCAGAUAUUGACGGCGAUGGUAGAGCUGAUUACUGUCUCAUUGGACACAACGGUGAUAUCCUUUGCUCCCGCAAUCAGGGACAGGGGGACAGUUAUAGCUGGCAGGGAUUCAAAACUGUUGGUGGCCUGCGAGAGGUAGUCUUCACCGCCAAGGGCAAAGGUGAUGCGUCUGGAGUCCGGCUAGCCGAUUUGAAUGGCGACUUCCGCAGCGAUUGGAUGUGGAUCGGCGACCAAGGUGAUAUUGAUACUUGGAUCAAUCAGCGUGGGUGGGGAACCGGCAUUGUUCCCGACUGGACUCAUUCUGGUAUAACUCAUGGCGGUGACGGUGUCUUCUACUGCGACAUGAGGAACACAGGCUCAGAUGACUAUGUGUGGAUCUACAGCGAUGGUCAUGCUGACUCUGGAGACUUCUACGCGAACAUACACGAGCCACCUGGUUGGGGUCACGAGACGAAGAUCACACUCAAAGUUCCUGGCCCGAGGAUCGGAGUUCAUCUUGCGGAUUGGAAUGGAGAUGGCAAGUGCGAUGUCUUGGUUCAAGACAAGAAGACUGGUGCCCUCACCAUGUGGGAGAACCGCUACGACGCGUCGACAAAUACUCUGAAGUUUGCUAAUGUAGGUGUUGUCACCGGAGCUGCCACUUGUACGCAAGGCUGGGGCGUGGGCAUCUUCGAUCGAGGCAUGGCUGUCGUCGAUAUCGACGGUGAUGGACGAGCUGAUGUACUCUGCAUCGAACCAAACGGUAGAACCACAGCAUGGCUCAACCCUAAAUCGGGACUUGUAGACGUCGGUCAAAUCAAGUUCAGCGAGGGUGGGACAGAGCGAACAUCAGCACUUUUGCAAAUCAAGGUGGAUUGGGCAGAGCUGAUCUUAUUCAUGUCCUUCCUGUCAGUAACCAGUGACAGUGGCAACAGCGGCAGUCACGACGGAGAUGGUGAUACUGAUGAUCCAGACGGCGACGGCUUCGGUGGCGACGAAGACUUUGAGGUCUGCGACUUUUCAAAAACCUUCAAGAAUCUUGACGAUCUCUCCGCAGCUGCAGAUGGUCUUCGUUCGGACUGCAUCGCCGUUUACACACUCGAAACUCUUAUCACCAUGCUCGAUGCUGCUUACGCUAACUACACAUCUGUCAACGACGGCUACGAUGAAGAAUUCGGCUACUAUGUUACAUACAUCAAGAAGCUUGUGCCAGCGGUACUCGGCAACAGUUUCAUGUUCGACGAGUCACAUGCUACCAAAUACAUGGCUAUACCGCCUGUUGGUACAGGCAUGCAAUAUUUUGACUGCCAGUUGGGAAGCAACAAAUUCUCAUGCUCUGACUACGAAGACCAUCAUAUCGAGGGCACCACGGCCACCACGACUUUGACUCUCCGCGAUGCUGACGGCUACAACAGCGCCCUCCUUAAAGCUGGCCUCUCACCCGACUGGGUCACCAUGGGUGACUACGAAAAGGACCACUUGGAAGACGGCGGCAGAGCAAGUAGAAAUUGGAGAUACAAAUUCUCAGACUUCCCCGUCCAGAACACAUCCAUGGUUGUCCCUAAUCCCAAGGACGUUAUAACCAACGGUCUGGGAAGCGUCGAAGAUUUGCGCAGGCAAAUGCAGGCGACGCUUUUGGACAUGAUUCUGGGCAUCUGGACGGGAGGCUCGAUACAAGAUCCGGCGCAAGCAUACAGCACACCCGUAUUUAUGCUCAUGGAAGCGGUAGAGAACAUGGCACAAGCCAAAGCACUCGGCAAGCAAGAAGAACAAGCCGAAGAAGCCGAAGAGGAGAAGCGCAAGAAGAACUUUAUCCUCUUGAUCAUCAGUGUCGUUUUCUUGGUUGUCCCUUUUGUAGGUGAAGAAGUCGCACUCGCGGGAGGCUUCACCACCAUCGCACGCACCCUCGCCAUCGCCGGCGAACUAGGCAACGCGGCUCUGGGCAUUUACGACACAGUCGAAGACCCCAGUUCCGCGGUUGUCAAUGUGCUCGGCAUGUUGUUAGGCGUGGGCGCCAUUGCCAAAGCGUCUCGUGACGGCAAGGGCAUAUCCGGCGUGGCGAGUGCAAGGAAAGGUAUGUCUGCGGACUCGAUAUCGAGUCUGGGGAGUGUGUUUAAGAAUCAGGAUGACAAGCUGCAGAGUAUCAUGAAGGUUUGUAAGUUCUAA